ACUGCGAAUCACUGAAUCACUGUUCGAGUAUCCCCGCUGCCUGCAGCUAAGAGAUCUGCACGGGCAGAGCUAAAGAAGCUAUUAACAGAGACUGCAAAACAACACCCACCCACAGAAAAGACGAAACGCAGCGCUGGCAACGCUUGUCGGGUAUCUGACUGCAGACGCCGCUUAUUGUAGUUUUGGAGUGGAGAUACAAGUUUGCAAGUUGUAAGACUGAACAGAGAGGGGACUUCAAGUUUGCGUGAAACUGAGAAAGUUUCGACUACAGCAGUCCCUUGGGUUAUGAGUGCAGCACAUCAAAGGUUGUGAUGAUGAGAAGCUGCUUGCUGCUGUUUGCUGCCCUGCAGAGUGGACUGAUCUACCAGGCUGAAGCGCAAGGCACGUGCAGGAAUGUGGCUGCAGCCGACAUCGUGUUCCUGGUGGACGGCUCGUCCAGCAUUGGCAGGAUUAACUUCCGUGAGAUCAAGAGCUUCCUGGAGGGAAUCGUGGCUCCCUUUGUCAGCGUGGUGAGCGAGACGGGGGUUCGAUUCGGGACAGUCCAGUACAGCGAUGACUCCAGAGUGGAGUUCACGCUGUCCCAGUUCCUGAACGGGAGCCAGGUUCUGUCUGCGGUCCGAAACCUCAAGUACAAAGGAGGGAACACGCGCACCGGAGCCGGCCUCAAGUUCGUAGCGGACAACUUCUUCGGGCCCACCCUGAUCCGACGAGACGUGCCAAAGAUCGCGAUUCUCAUCACUGAUGGAAAAUCUCAGGACAACGUGGAGCAGGUGUCUCAGAAACUGCGGAGUCAAGACAUCAAAAUGUUCGCAGUCGGUAUCAAGAACGCCGAUCAGAGGGAGCUGAACCAAGUGGCGUCGAGACCCUCUUCGGAGUUCUCCUUCUACAUCAACGACUUCAAGAUCCUGCGCACGCUGCUGCCCCUGGUGGCCCCGCGUGUCUGCUCCAGCACGGGAGGGGUCUUCACCAACGACGGCGAAGACUUCACUGGACCCUCCAGCCUGGUGUUCUUUCAAGAGACCUUCGAUUCGAUCCACGUGCGCUGGGCCGCGGCAGGGGGGCCUGUCAUUGGAUAUAAAAUCCAGUACACACCCCUCACAGGCCUGGGGCAGCCAAUCACGGCGGAACUCAGAGAGGUGAGCGUGGCGUCCGCUGACACGACGAGCGUUCUGCAGGAUCUGAAGUCAGCGACGGACUAUCUGGUGAGCGUGAUCGCGCAGUACCCCAACAGCGUGGGCGAGUCGGUGUCCGGCAAGGCGCGCACCAAGUCUGUUCCCGGUGUGUCCGAUCUGCGCAUCCUGAAGGCGGGGCAUUCCUCCCUGCGCCUGGCCUGGACCCCGCCCACUUCACGGCCGCAGGGAUACCGCCUCACGUACAGACCGCGAGGACAGACGGGUGCCCAGCUGGACGAGAGGAGCCUGAGUGCCGACUCUGUGGAGGUCACAGUGGAGGAGCUGGAGCCUGACACGGAGUACUUGAUAACCCUGUACCCCCUGUACCCCCGGAACACCGCCGCCCCCACUUCCGUGACGGGGCGCACCUUGUCUCUCCAGGGGGUGCAGCAGCUCUCAGUCCAGCCCGUGUCUUCGCAGAGUGUCCGUGUGCAGUGGAGAGGAGUGGGAGGGGCCAGCGGAUACCGCAUUGUCUGGGGACCAAUCGCAGGUCGUGAUGUGCAGAAGCUGGACCUGCCCAGUGGAUUGGAGUCCUACACCCUGCAGAGCCUGCAGCCCGACACUGAGUACAUCGUCACCGUCAUCGCUCUGUAUGGGACGAGCGACGGACCCGCCACCACUGCCAGGUUCAACAUCGAGAGCACAGAGCAGCAGACCCUGCAAACCUUCAGCAUCGGACCCAGUUCCAUCCGGGUCACCUGGAACCUGAUCCGGGCUGCGCGGGGGUACCGGUUGGAGUGGAGGCGGGCCGCGGGAGGGGAUUCCCAGCAGGUGUCGUUCUCCACCAGCACUAACAGCUAUGAGAUCGUUGGGCUGCAGCCGGGCACGGAGUACAUCAUCACCCUGUACACCCUGUACGAGGGCAGGGAGGUGGCCACCCCGGCCAGCACCUCCCAGACAGUGGUGCAGUCAGUGGGCAGUGUGACUGGCCUGCGUGUGUUGGAGACGCUGGGCAGCACCGUGCAGCUGGGCUGGACUGGGGUGGCUGGAGCCACUGCCUACCGCAUCCAGAUCAGCAGCUCUGAGGGUGACUCGGAGGUGACCAGCAUUAUUUCAGGGGACCAGACCACCUUUGACCUGGAGGACCUGCGCGAGGGCACGAACUACUUGAUCAGAUUGACAGCGCUCGUGGGAAACAGGGAGGGAAACCCUGUCAGUUUGAGCAUCAGGGCAGAGGAGGCUGCAGUGGCCGGAGUGACGAGUGUGAGGGUGGUGGAGACGGACAGCUCCCGGGUCAGAAUCGCCUGGACUGGCAUCGCCAAGGCGACGGGGUACCGGAUCAGCUGGCAGGGUGAAGACGGCAGGGAGACGUCUCGCGUGGUGCCCGGAAACACGACCGUGUACGACAUCAGGGGUCUGCAGGAGGACUCGGGGUACACUGUGGGGGUGUCUGCGCUGGUCGGGACCCGAGAGGGGAACCCCGUCACUGUGAGCACCAGGACAGAGCCUUUGACUGUGGAGGGAGUCACCAACCUCCGAGUGAUUGACACGGGCAGCUCCCGCCUUCGCAUCACAUGGUCUGGGGUUGCCAGGGCAACAGGGUACAGGGUCACGUGGAGACAGGGCAACAGUCGGGCGGAGUCACGCGUCGUGCCCAGUGACAUCACUUCCUAUGAAAUCGAGGGUCUGCAGCCCGACGCUGCCAUGGUGAUUGGGGUGUCGGUUUUGGUUGGCGGGAGUGAGGGGAGCGUGGUCACCGUCUCGGCAAGGACUGCCCCCAACCAGACAGUGGGAGGAGUCGUGGGCCUCCGAGUUCUCAGUACAGGAAGUAGAAGGAUACGCAUCAGCUGGGUCCCUGUUGCCAGGGCGACCGCGUACAGGGUCACAUGGCAACGCAGUGAUGGAGCGGAAGCCUUCAGAUCAGUCCCCAGCAAUGUCACUUCCUUUGACAUCGAUGGGCUGCAGGAAGAAACCGCCUACAGCAUCAGGGUGUCGGCUCUGAUUGGCUCGAGAGAAGGAAGUCCUGCCUCUGUGAACGUGAAGACAGACUCUGGUGCCAAGAAUGUCACGAACCUGCGGGCUGUCGAGAGCGGAGCCAAUUAUAUCCGCCUGACCUGGUCACACGCCGCCCAGGCAACGGGGUACAGGGUUACCUGGAGACGCAGCGACGGUGCUGAGGUGUCCCGUGUCCUCAGUGGCGAUGUCACUUCCUUCGAUAUCGACGGCCUGCAGGAAGACUCUGUGUACACGAUCCGCGUGGCGCCCGUCAUCGGGAAGAGACAGGGCACCGCCACCACCAUCACUGCCAGGACCGGUCAGGGGCAGGUUACCGUGGGAACGGUGAGCCGUCUGCAGCUGCUGGAAUCCCGCAGCAAUGCUGCCAGGGUAACGUGGGUCGGGAUUCAGGGAGCGACGGCCUAUCGGAUUGUGUGGAGGCGCGCAGACGGCGGUCCGGAACUCAGUCGCUUGGUGUCCAGCGACGUCUCAUCCUUCGAUCUCGAGGGUCUGGACGCGGGUGUGAGCUACACAGUGGGAGUGACCGCUCUGAUCCGCCAACAUGAGGGGUCGCCCGUCACCAUCAGUGUCACCACACCCCCCGAGACCCCGCAGAUAGGCAGGGUGGGGAACGUGCGUGUGAUCGAGUCCUCGGCACAGCGGAUACGCAUCGCGUGGAGCUCCGUUUCCGGGGUGACGGGAUAUCGCAUCUACUGGAGGUCAUCGCAAGGCGGUCCGGAGAUGAGCCGUCUGAUUGGUGCGAACGUGAACUCGUUCGACGUGGACAGCCUGCAGCCGGGCGAUCGCUACGUGAUCAGGAUCGUGGCCGUGUCGGGGAGCACAGAGGGGGACCCCGUGACUGUCACCGCCACCACCACUCCUCUGCAGGCAGUGACGGGGCUGCGUGUGACCGAGGUGUCCAAGAACACAGCGAAGGUGGAGUGGAACCUGCUGCCCGGAGCCACCUCCUACAUCCUGAGCUGGAGGCUGCCCCAGGACCGGGAGGACCUCCAGAGGAUCACUCUGUCCAGCUCCUCCGGUUCCUAUCUGGUGACGGGUCUGCGUCUGGCCCAGGAGUACAGCUUCACACUGCAGCCCGUGUUCGGGAGCGAGGCGGGGCCCGAGAGCUCCACAGACGAGAGGACCGUGUGUCGUGCAGCCCGCGCUGACAUCGUGUUCCUGGUCCACGGUUCGAGAGCGAGCGGUGACGUGGCUGAGGCGGUCCGUAGCUUCCUGUACAAUGUGGUGGCCUCGUUCCCUCAGCUGGGUCCCGAGGCUGUGCAGGUGGCAGUGGUGCUGUACAGUUUCAGGGGUCAGAGUCGGGCCUGGAUCCGCCUCAAUCGUCAUAGCGAUCUCAGAACCCUGCUCCAGGAGAUCCAAGCCAUCCCAUUCGACCAGCCCAGCGGCAACUACAUAGGCGAGGCAGUGCAGUUCACUCAGGAGUACAUCCUCCAGGCCUCCGGGGGGCGCCGGUCGGGGGUCCCGGGGAUCAUCGUCAUCCUGUCCGACGGUAAAUCUGCAGAUGACAUCAUCGCGCCCUGCAGGGCGGCCAAGGCAGCAGGGCUGCGGGUGCUGGCAGUGGGGAUGGGCGAGGCUGACCAGGAGGAGCUGCGGAGGGCCGUGACGGACAGCAGACCCGGAAACAUCCUGUUCACUCAGGACAUCGACGAGCUGAACAAGAGCGAGGCCGACCUGGCUGAGCUGCUCUGCAGACUGGCCACCGGGGGGCAGACACAGAUUCCCGACCCUGUUGGGUGCACAGUGCAGUGUCCCAGGGGUGAGAAGGGGGAGGCAGGAGAGAAGGGUCGGAAAGGUGCAGACGGACUGCCAGGACUGAAGGGAGAGCCUGGUCGGGACGGAGCGCCGGGAAGAGACGGGACCCCGGGACCAGCGGGAAACCCCGGGCCGCCGGGCCGCAACGCAGAGAAUGGAAUCGGCCUGCGAGGCGAGAAGGGGGAGCAGGGUUUCCCAGGGGUGAAUGGGAUUCCGGGAUCACCGGGGCGACCAGGGAACUCAGGACCCCCGGGCCUGCCUGGUAGCCAAGGAUUGCCUGGAGUUCGUGGAGAACCAGGGGAGUCUGGCAUCUCUGGUCCUGUCGGCCCGAAAGGAGACAAAGGAGAGCGGGGUGAGCCGGGUGCAGUGGUCGGAGGAGCGUUCCCAGGAAGGAAAGGGGAGCCGGGAGUUCCUGGAUUACCGGGUACCCACGGGACUCCGGGUGUCGACGGUGCGAAAGGGAAUGCAGGCCUCCCAGGACCCCCCGGACUGGCAGGCCGACCUGGAAUACCUGGGACCCCCGGACUCAGCAUCAAGGGUGACAAGGGCCAGCCCGGUGAGCGAGGUCUGCCGGGCGUGGGGAGUGGAGUGGCAGUGAAGGGGGAUCGGGGGGAUCCUGGAGCUCCGGGUUUAGAGGGCAGUCCAGGACCCAGGGGACCUCAAGGCCAGCCUGGGACCAAAGGAGACAAGGGGGAGGCUGGAGAGGGACUCCCUGGCCCGGCAGGACGAGUGGGGGAUCCAGGAGAUCGGGGGCUGAGGGGACUGCCAGGCGAGAUUGGCAGCAAAGGAGACAGAGGUCAGCCUGGUGAGCCUGGUGUCCAAGGAGACAGGGGAGAGCGAGGGCUGGCGGGAGCUGCAGGAUUGAAGGGAGAAAUUGGACCGCCCGGCCCGGCUGGUCCUCCUGGGCUGAGGGGGUUGCCUGGUCCCAGUGGUCAGCAAGGAGACAAGGGAGACUCGGGAUCACCCGGGGAACCUGGGAAUGCUAUUAAAGGAUCUCCGGGGAGCAAAGGAGACAAGGGGAGUAUGGGGCUCCCGGGCCCGGAGGGUCCCAAAGGUAUAAAAGGAGACCCUGCCGAGAAAGGGGAGAAGGGUUCAGUGGGGUUUGGGAUCCCUGGUCAGCCUGGACCCAAAGGAGAUUCUGGAGAGAGGGGAAAUACCGGCCUUACUGGAAAACCCGGCGUUAAGGGAGACCGUGGAGAGCCUGGAGAGAACGGAGAGCCUGGGAAAGCAGGAACUCCGGGACAGAUCGGACUGCGAGGGAAGGAGGGGGAGAAAGGAGACAAGGGAGACGAAGGAACGCCAGGGGAGUCGGGUUUACCAGGGAAAACCGGAGAGAGAGGUCAGAGGGGGUUGCCAGGGCUGGCCGGCAGGGCUGGAGAGAAGGGAGACAUGGGAGAUCCUGGAGAGCAUGGCAGAAAUGUAAGUCAAGUCAGAAGUAGCAAGAGUCUCCAAAGAGAAUUCAACCAAUACUCCCCCCUGUCCACUGCCACCUCCAAUACCCUAAACCUCGCAUCAGCCAAUAAGAAGCGCGUUCUGCCCUCGAGUGCUGCGGCGCGCAACAGUCCGCAUCUAAACAGGUACAGCGCUGAGAAUGCAGCUCUGACUGACAGGUGA